AUGGAGGAUCCCCUCUUCCCUGAAGGACACGAAGAUCAGGUUGACAGCCUGGCUAUUGAUUUCCAUGGCAAGCGCUUUGUGGAAGUAGAAAACUACCGUGCGGCCAGGAAAGCUCGACGGAUCUCCCUCGACAGUAGCCCCCAGCGAUCCAACAAUCAUGGCAGCCAACGAUCCAAGAAAAGUCAGAGGGUCAAUGGCAGCCAGCACUGGUUCACAAGUCACUACCACCACCAUUCCAAUGGACCUUGCUACUUUGUUGCCCCGCACCACCAUCAAGACUUCCACAAGGCUUCCACCGGGCAACCACUCAGCUUGGCCCACCCUCAGAUCCUGAUCCCUGUGGUGAUGCAGCAGCAUCAGGGUCAGCAGUGGUAUUAUCAUCAUCAUCCGCAGUAUCUGUAUCCUCAAAACAAGGAGAAUCCUCCACCACCGCCCGUGCCCGUGUCACCCGCCAAGUUGGAGAAGCGAACCGUGAGCGUGGGCGAGGGAGAGAUGCCCCUUUUGGAACCAUUCCCGGACAAACCCUUGACAGCGGAAACGAUGGGAGCCAAGGUCGUGGAGACUGUCACGAAGGUGAUUGAGAAGACCAAGGGGGAAGAAGAGGACAAGGUAGCCAUGAAGCAGGACAAGCAGAAGGACAAGACCAAAGGCAAAGUAGCCAAGAAGAAGGCCGUGAAAGACGAGAAGGCAGCAAAGAAGAAGGAGGGGGGCGAGGAACGACGAGAAUGCGCCAAGAAGCUCCGCCGCGACAGCAUGGAAUCGGAGAUAUUGGCAGCGGAGAAGAACGAUCCUGAGGUGUGCCUCGGCGAAGACUUUGUGCCGGGAAACUGGGAUGUGGUCUGCGGCAGGGGCAAGAACUGGCUGGAGCACAUCUCCAACCGACGAUUCCGCCUCCUGGUGGCCAUCUACCUACCCCAGUAUGAAACCAUCAGACGCACCACAAAGUCCAUCGUCAUCAAUACCAUUGUCGCGACGAUACAGAAUGCCGGGGGACAAGGCUUUGUCAAACAGAAAGAGGGAUCGUCCUCCUGGUACCGUAUCAGCUCGAAGGACGCACACGAAAAGGUGUCGCACUGCUUGAGGGAUUGUUUGCAACCGUAUCCGCAGAAUGUUCGACAAAAAUGGUCGGAUGAAGAACGACGACUCAAAGUGAAGGAAGCCCAGAACAACGUCUUCAAGAGUCUUGAACUCUUGAAAUGA